AUGGGGGUCCCAUGUCGCCUCAUAGCCGGCCUGGCGACGGCAGGGUGUCUGGAGACCGCGUACCUGACGAUUGCCCGAUACACCAAUGCCCCCGUGGCCUGCCCCAUCGGGGGUGGCUGCGCCACCGUCCUCACCAGCGAGUGGUCCACCCUCUUCCAUACCAUCCCCCUCUCACUGGCGGGGUCUUUGUCCUACGGGGCCGUGGCCGGCCUCGCCCUGUGGCAGCUGACGCGGCGGGCUUCGCCCACCGCCCCUGACCCACGCUCGACCAAGCUGAUCUUCCUGGGGGGCGCCCUAGCCCUCUCCACCACCAGUGCCUACCUCCUCUACAUCCUGCUCACCCGCUUCCCCGGCGAGUCCUGCUCCUGGUGCCUGGCCUCCGCCGGGCUGUCUUUCGGCAUCGCUGCGGCGGCCGCCAGCGCGCUGCGGGCGGAGGACCUGGCCGAGGCCGCCGGCGCUGCGGGCGGCAUCGUGGCCUUCACAUCGCUGGCGCUGGCCGUGGGCAUCGGGCGCCCCAACGCCUCCGUCAUCACCGCCCUCGACUACCACGCCCCUGAGAUCACCACGGAGAGCUCGCAGGAGGCGAUGUCGCUGGCGGAGCGGCUGCGAGCCGCGGGGGCCCGCAUGUACGGCGCCUUCUGGUGCAGCCACUGCUACGAGCAGAAGCUGGAGUUUGGGAGGGAGGCCAUGGCGGCCUUCCCCUACGUCGAGUGCUACCCCACGGGCUGGCACCCGGGCAUGGAGCCCGACGCGGCGUGCGCGGCGGUGCCGGGGGGGCUGGAGGGCUUCCCCACUUGGGUGAUUGGGGGCAAGAAGUCGGAGGGCGACCUGACGCUGCAGCAGCUGGAGGAGCGGCUGAGCGCCCUGGGCUACUGA